AUGAAGGUUAAUCAAGAAAAUGAAGAAACCAAGUUGGAAAAUAUUCUGAACAAAGCAGCCAUGGUGACCAAAACUGUUAUAAUAACCACAGUAAAUGCAGCAUGGACGACACCAAAUUCAAUCUUUGAUCUCUUUCUUGAGGGUUUCAGAAGUGGGAAUCAAGCACAAGCUCUGUUGAAUCAUUUAGUUGUUGGAGCUAUGGACCAAAAAGCAUAUACUCGUUGCUUGGAGUUACACCCGCAUUGUAUUGCACUAACCACGGAGGGGGUUGAUUUUUCUGGUAAGGCAAAUUUUAUGAGCGAAGAUUAUCUAAAGAUUGUGUGGAGAAAGCUUGAGUUUCAACGCACGGUUCUUGAGAUGGGAUACAGCUUCAUUUUCACGGAUGCUGAUAUACUGUGGUUUCGAGAUCCAUUUCGAAGAUUUUAUUCAGAUGCAGAUUUCCAAAUUGCAUGCGAUCAUUUUGGGUUCAACUCUACUGACUUGAACAACUCACCAAAUAGUGGUUUCAUCUAUGUUAGAUCAAAUAACAUGACAAUCCAAUUUUAUAAGUUCUGGUGCAAAUCCAGAGAAGCAUAUCCAUCGAAACAUGAUCAGGAUGUGCUUAAUAUGAUCAAAUUUGAUCCUUUCAUCAGCAAGAUUGGGUUGAAAAUCAGAUUUCUGGACACAGCCUAUUUUGGAGGAAUAUGCGAGCCGAGUAAGGACCUUAAUGUAGUUUGCACAAUGCAUGCAAAUUGUUGUACAAGUCUAGAAACGAAAGCUCAUGGCCUUCAAAUGAUGAUUGAUGACUGGAAAAUAUACAUGACAAAGCCAGGGAAUCGUACAAAACCACAUCCUUGGACAAGUGCAAGAUAUUGUUCUAAAUAA